AUGGGAGUCGCAUCGGCUUUACUCGCCACAUUCUCCUUCAGGACCUUGCCAGUCACCGUAUUCGCAUUCUUGCUUUACGCCGCUGUAUUCAUCACCCUCGAAGUAACGGACCAGCUCGCGCCUAUUCCGGAUGCAGGGAAACAACGUGACUUCGGGCUAAGCCUUACUGAAGCCUACGAUGAUCUACACGCGAUCACAUCGAGACCUCACCCGUUCAACUCGCGUCAAAACGAUCAAGUGCGGUCAUAUCUUUAUCAGCGUCUGAACGACAUCGCCCGCGAUCACGACUUCAUCCACGUUGUCGACGACCAUACUACCUCUACACACGUCGACGGACUUCAAGCUGUAUAUUUCCAAGGAAACAAUAUCAUCGUGAAGGUCGAUGGUUCUGAAGGGUAUGCGGAUGGCAACGCCAUACUCUUCUCAGCACAUUUCGACUCUGUGGCAACUUCUCCCGGAGCUACAGAUGAUGGGAUGAGUGUCGUAUCACUCGUACAGAUGGUCGAUCACUUGUCGAAGAACCGUCCACGCCGUACGUUCAUCGCCAACAUCAACAACGGCGAAGAGGACGGCUUAAACGGAGCGCACUCUUAUCUGGCCCAUCCGUGGGCAAACUUGACCAAAACGUUCGUCAACUUCGAAGGCGCCGGCUCCGGAGGACGGCCGUUCCUCUUCCGAGCAAACUCUUUACCUAUACUACGGGCAUUUACGAAUGUAAACGUCCCACAUCCACACGCCUACGCACUCUCUGCAGAUGCCUUCGCCCAAGGCGUCAUUCGGUCGGAGACCGACUACGCGGUCUACUCAGGUCCUCGCAAACCCUCUCUCUCAGGAGAGGUGGGCGCCGCGGACCAUACAGGCUACCGUGGCUUGGGCGGCGGGAUGAGAGGCGCAGACGUCGCUUUCUACCAGAACCGCGCCCGCUACCAUACCCCAGAAGACUCUAUCCGCGCCAUGGGCCGCGAAGGUUCUCAACGCGCUCUAUGGGCUAUGAUGGAAGUGGUCCGCGGCGCAGGGUCGGCACUGCUAGGUGCCUCUGAGAACUCAUUGGGGGAGGACGUCGUGGGCAACGCCGAGCCGUCGACGUACUUUGAGCUGUUUGCGGCCUACCUCAUCGCAUUCCCACUACGGACACUGAUGGCGAUCUUCAUCGUGCUUCUGGUCGUGGGACCCGUCAUCGCCGUCAUCCUUGGCUUCUUCAUGUACCGUCAAACGCACACGCAGAACGCAAGAUGGGCGACGAACCUUAAGGGCUAUGGCCGCUUUUGGCUGGCGUUACUGAUCACCAUCGGGCUUCAUGUCGCGCUGGUCGUAGGCUACCUGAAACUCAACCCCUACACCAUCCACGCGAACUCUAUAGCAGUCGUCUUGUCCGUUUUGUCACUCUCGUACCUGACGUUCACACUCUCGCUCUCCCUGGCACAAUAUCUCCGCCCUGUGCCUCCCGCGAAGCAGAAGUUCGCUGUGCUUCUGGAGGUCUACCUUCUUACAUGGGCACUUCUCGUCGCUUCCACCGUCGUCACAGGCGGUAUGAACGUCACCGGGCUGUAUUGGGUUGGGGCUUGGAACGCUUCUGCGUUCAUAGCUCUGGUCUGGGGCUCGAUUGAGAGUCUCGCGGGCAAGGGUCACGGCGGACGCGAGAUCAUCCUGCCGCCGCCCAAUGGACCAGAUGACGAGGCCGCUCAUAGUGCGCCCCCUCCCGCUGAGGACCCGCACCGCCCGGAUCGUGAUGAUGACGAAGAUCCAACUGAGCGCACGCCACUAAUUGGACGCUGGAGGCGGCGCAAGGCUGCUCCCGCUGCAGUAGUUGCCGAUGAGAAGGCGCAGGACCGAGCGGUUCUAUGGUGGAUCUUGGAGAUGUUGUUCUCGAUACCCGUACCAGUGUACCUGAUCGGCUGCAUCGCUCGGCUGUGGGUACAGUCCAUGGCUCAAACUGUGCCCGACGGCGGCUGGGCUGGAAUCAUCUACAUCCCGCUCUCCCUUCUGAGCAUCUUGGUUCUUCUCCCGCUGGCUCCAUUCGCAUACAAGCUCCCCGGGAAGCUGAACACGCUGAUCCUCGUCAUCUUCAUCGCGAGCACGGCAUACGCAUGGCUCAUCUGGCCCUUCAACACCAGCGACUCACGCUUGAAGGUUUUCUUCCAGUCGCGCGUCAAGCUCUCGAACAUCACGGACACUGCUGGAGCUCCGGCCUUUGUGCGCGCUACGACACAGCUCACAGGCGUACCGGGCUACAUCGAGCGCGUUGUCAGAGAGCUCCCAUCUACGUCGGGGAAGGGAGUCCUGUGGCAUGGGGCUUCGCGUCCGGGGCUUAUAACGCAGAGCUGGGAAGUUGAGCCUCGCUAUGUGCCCUCCGUCAAGGGCGAGUGGCUCAACGCCAGUGCUACGCGCGUCAACGCUACCACGGCACACUUCCACAUCAGCGGCUCUGAUACACGGGCAUGCAGGAUCUACUUCGACAAUCUCGAUGUCUCUAGCUUCCGCGCGCGCUCGACGGAGGAGAAAGAGUGGAAAGAGCUCGAGGUGUCUCAGGAGGGCGUGCGGACCGUUGCGCUCUGGAGCCGGUUCUGGGGCGACGCUUUCGAUGUCGACGUCACGUUUGCCGGCGAGGGGUUGGGGGAGAAGCAUGUGCAGGGGCGCGUCGCGUGCAUGUGGGCUGAAGUCGACGGCGUAUGGGCUGGCAAGGGCAAGGGCGGAGUGAGGAUUCCUGCGCUCGAGGAGCUGUUGGCAUUCAUGCCUGAGUGGGCGAUUGUGACGAAGUGGGAUACGGGGCUUGUCGAGGCGCAGAGUGAUUUCUUGCUCUGA